CGGAAUUUGCCAGAUAUCAACAUGCGCGUCGGUGGAGUUUGGUGUCGCCGCCAAAUGGCAACACGCGCCACUGGUUCUUCAUUCCAUCCUGUGUGCGAUGCCUUUCAUGCCAUCAUCCGCCAGCAAAGCACACUUCUCCAUCAAUUGUCUGACGACGAGUACACCUAUCGAUGCCCAACGCUCCAAGGCACGACGGGUGGACACGUUCGCCACGCACUGGACCACCUUCGGCGUUCCAUUGACCUGUCUGCGGACGCAGCCAUUCACUAUGACGUGCGAGAUCGUCUGACGCGCAUUGAGACGAAUCGAGUGGCUGCGAUGGAUGAAAUGAAUGCAAUCCGUGCAUUGGCCGCGCGUGUUGCCGACGACAAGUUCUUGGCACGACAUGUCCAUGCUGCUUUCCGCUUGUCGGCCGAAGGGGAAGAAGUGACGUUGCGAUCGACCGUCGAGAGAGAGAUGGCGUUUGCCGUCCACCAUGCCAUUCACCACCAUGCGUUGAUCAAGGUGAUUUUGACCACCCAUUUCCCCCAUGUUCCACUGCCCUUUUCGUUUGGGGUGGCGCCGUCCACCGUUCAUUAUGAGGCCCACUUGGCAAAACCUUCGUCGUGAUCAAGUAAACAUAACGUUAGUUUGAUCCAAGUGUAUAUAACAUUCAUCCAAUCAAAGAUUGUAUUAUUUGAAAGUCGACA